CCUCAAUCCAUCAGUGUAUGCCUCUCCUAGCACUAGGUUCCGACGGCCCCUCCUCUCAUCAAUGCUUGCUUAUUCACACAUGCUCACAGUGUACUCCUCCCUCCUAUUCUUCCUCCCUUUCCAAAUUGCCUCGCCUCGCCUUCUGCAGCUUCCAUCGUCUACCACCAAAAUAUGCUCCUGCCAUCUAAUCAUGGCUACUAACAUAUACUAAACUCUACAAUUUCUUUUCAGCUCUCAUUCAUGUACAAAUAGGUGGGCGUCUUAUUGGUGUACAUCAGAUUCCAGCUACCAUCGUAAUGCCCCCAUUCAGGCAUUGAGCAAUGCGUACAACCUGCCGCUCACAAGACUCCACCUUUGCUACUUUUGCUGCUAUACUAGGCAAUGGCCAAACUCCCAGUUGUUGCACGCAGUGCAAUUAGGAAACCUAACCAAAGCAUGAGGCUUAUUGUAGUAACAAUCGUCGGUGUGGUCUUUGGUUUCUUUAUCGGAAUCUCAUUCCCAACAGUUAGCAUAACAAAGCUUCACUUUCCAUCUAGCAUUGUUUCUUAUAUAGAGGACAAGAACUCAGGCCUAUCAGCUCAAGCUAUACUCAAUCAUGCUUGGACUGCGGCAAGGAAUGCAAGGGGAAAUGGCUCUGAACCAAACACAAAUGAUACCUUGAAGAUUUAUGUACCAACAAACCCCAGGGGUGCAGAGAGCCUAGCACCUGGUAUUGUUGUACCAGAGUCUGAUUUUCAUCAGCAUAGGUUAUGGGGAAACCCUGAUGAGGACCUACCCUUCAAGCCGAAGUACCUUGUUACUUUUACUGUCGGCAUUUCACAGAAAGAGAACAUAAAUAGGGCUGUUAAGAAGUUUUCGAGAGAUUUUGCUAUCCUGUUGUUUCACUAUGAUGGCCGGGUGAGUGAAUGGGAUGAAUUUGAAUGGUCAAAGCGAGCUAUCCAUGUAAGCGUCCGGAAACAAGCAAAAUGGUGGUAUGCUAAAAGAUUCUUGCACCCUGAUAUCGUGGCAGCCUAUGAGUAUAUCUUUAUCUGGGAUGAGGACCUUGGAGUAGAUCAUUUUAAUGGCGACAAGUACAUUAAACUUGUCAAGAAAUAUCAGCUAGAAAUCUCACAACCUGGUUUAGAGCCAGAUAAAGGAUUGACAUGGCAGAUGACCAAAAGAAGAGGGGACCGUCAGGUUCACAUGGUCACAGAGGAGAGAGAAGGCUGGUGCUCAGAUCCUCACGUCCCCCCGUGUGCUGGGUUUGUUGAAAUUAUGGCUCCAGUUUUCUCCAAAGAUGCAUGGAGAUGUGUGUGGCAUAUGAUUCAGAAUGACUUAAUUCAUGGAUGGGGUCUCGAUUUUGCUCUCCGAAAAUGUGUGGAGCCUGCUCAUGAGAAAAUUGGUGUUGUUGAUUCCCAAUGGGUCGUGCACCAAGUGGUUCCUUCUCUCGGGAACCAGGUAAGAAUAACACACUGUAGUAUGAGUAUCAGAUCUAACUAUAGCACCCGAGUUUGCUAUAUAAUGUCAACCUUUUCCCAUCUUGAAAAUGCACAGGGGCAGUCGGAGAAUGGGAGGGCACCAUGGGAAGGGGUAAGAGAGCGUUGCCGGAAAGAAUGGGGAAUUUUCCAGACAAGAAUGGCUGAGGCGGAGAAAGCGUAUUACGAGAUGAUGGGCGUAACUCCCCCAAACGUAACAUUCGUCUCAUAGGAUGAAAUUCUGAUGUUAAUUCCACUCAUUGUUUUUUUGGUCAACCAGUAGCCCUUGGGGUAGAUUUAGAUAUUGAUGAUGAUGACACGUGUAGAGCGCACCAAAUAUUAUUAUAUAUAGAUUAAUCAAAAUUCUUUGAUCCCUUUUCCUGUAUGUUGCACACUUGGCUGUUCUUAUUAGGAUCUCUAACUGGGAAA